AGAGGAGGGCGGGUCAAGUGGAGAGGAGUACUGGGAAUGUUAGUGGAUAUCUGAACGGAGGUGAAGAGUCACCUGGGGAACUACGAGAUCAAGCAACUGUGCGUUUCUUAAUGGAAGUUGCCCGGACUGAGGACAUGCAUUGAGAUCCAGCUGCGGAAUAAAGGCACAAAAUGUAUACGUCGGAGCGCAGGCGAAUGAGCCUGCGAGAGGUGAAGAGGAGGGAUCCAGUUUGGGUGUCAGCUGGGAGUUUGUGGCAGGACUCUCUGGCCAUGGAGCUGAGUGUCAGCAGCGGCUCCGGUAAACCGAUCAUCUCUCCACGAAGUCGGAGCAGAGCGGUGUCCGUGGCUUACAUUGUCAACGAGGACGCAUCGGUGCCGCAAACUGAGGAGAACUUGUCGCUAAAAUGCCUCAAGGAAGCCUGUGCGGACGCGCACGCUGCUUUUAAAAGCAUUUCUUUCGAGAGGAUAUCACUGGGAACUACAGACAUCCUGGAUAGUUUCUACAACGCAGAUGUAGCAGUGGUGGAGAUGAGUGACACUUUCUGCCAACCUUCUCUGUUCUACCACCUUGGAGUCAGAGAGAGUUUCAGUAUGACUAAUAACAUAAUUCUCUACUGUUACAAGCAGGAUAGUGAUCUACAGGCGGUCAAGGAGCAGUGUGGAAGUUACACCUUCAUCCCUUACGUGGUGUCACCUCAGGGCAAAGUGUUUGCCUGUGAUGCCACAAUGAUGACUUGUAUUAAAGAGUUGAUGCAGCCUAGUUUCCAGCUGGAGCCCCUGCUGACCCCGCUGGUGGAGAGACUGGUGCAUCUGCUGAACAACGUGCACAUUCAGUCCAGUGAAUACUUUCGGGAGUCAAUCAGGCAUGAGAUUCGUAUUGCACGGGAGAGGUUCAGUGGACAAGCCCUGAGUGAGGAGUUGAGCCGCAUCCAGAAACGAUUGGAUAGUGUCGAGCUGCUCACCCCUGAUAUAGUUAUGAACCUGUUGUUGUCCUACAGGGACAUACAGGACUAUGAUGCCAUGAUCAAACUGGUGGAGACUCUAAACAACCUGCCAAUGUGCCUGAUAACAAGACAUCAGAAUAUCAAGUUUCACUAUAUAUUUGCUCUAAACAGGAGGAGUCACCCUGGAGAUCGUGCAAAGGCUUUGGAAUUAAUUCUCCCCAUUGUGGAGUCGGCAAAUAAGGUGGCAUCAGACGUCUACUGCCUGUGUGGACGGAUCUACAAAGACAUAUUCAUGAACUCAGGGUUCACUGACCAGCGCAGCAGAGACCAGGCCGGCUAUUGGUAUGGAAAAGCUUUUGAGACAGAGCCAACCAUUCACUCAGGCAUCAACAACGUGGUCCUCUUGAUGGCAGCUGGCCAUGAAUUCGAGACUUCUAUUGAACUGCGCAAAAUAGGUGUGACUAUAAGCACCCUGCUUGGGAGAAAGGGUAGUUUGGAGAAGAUGAAGGACUACUGGGAUGUAGGAUUCUACCUCGGAGCAAACAUCCUCGCUCGUGAACACAGAAAAGUCAUUGAGGCCUCUGAGAAGCUCUACAGACUCAAGGCUCCUAUUUGGUUUGUGGCAUCCAUUAUGGAGACAUACAUACUGUACCGUCAGUUUGCCAAGCUGCCAGAGGUUAGAUCUCCUAAACAAGAAAUAGUGGACUUCUGGAUGGAGCUGCUUUUGCAGACCUGCAAACCCACCAUCUCAACAGACCGCUGCCCAGUACUCAUUCUGGAGCCCAGCAAAGUCCUCCAACCAGCUAUUGUCUGUGUUAGUGAGGAAGAUGAAAGUCGCACUGUCCAGUUAAAACACGUCACAACCCUAAAGAAAGGCUUACACCAGUGGACUUUCCCAGCAUCUGCAAUACGGGGAGUGAGUGCUUCAAAGAUCGAUGAGCGGAGCUGCUUCCUCUAUGUCCACUACAACUCCGAUGACUUCCAGCUCUGCUUCCCCUCUGAGAGUCACUGUAAAGGUUUCUGCGAGUUGGUGAACUCCCUGCUUCAGCAGGCUGAAGACAAUCCUCAUGACCUCGAACAUCUAACUGAAGGAAUUCUAGAGUACAUCUAUGAGACCAACGAGAAUGGCAACAAGGUGGUUCUUGGUAAAGGGACGUAUGGUGUUGUUUACGCAGGACGAGACCUGAGCAACCAAGUACGCAUCGCCAUCAAGGAGAUCCCUGAGAAAGACAGCACGUACUCCCAGCCGCUCCACGAGGAGAUAGCUCUACACAAGAGGCUUAAACACAGAAAUAUCGUUCAGUACCUGGGUUCUGUCAGUCAGGAUGGUUUUAUCAAGAUCUUCAUGGAAGAAGUGCCAGGAGGAAGUUUAUCGUCUCUUCUGCGCUCUAAAUGGGGUCCUCUGAAAGACAAUGAAGCCACCAUCAUCUUCUACACCAAGCAGAUCCUUGAGGGAUUGAAAUACCUUCAUGAUAAUCAGAUAGUCCACAGAGACAUUAAGGGCGACAAUGUAUUGAUCAACACCUAUAGUGGCGUGCUGAAGAUCUCUGAUUUUGGAACUUCUAAACGGUUAGCAGGGAUUAACCCCUGCACUGAGACGUUUGCUGGAACUCUUCAGUACAUGGCCCCUGAGAUUAUAGACCAAGGGCCUCGAGGUUAUGGGAAGCCAGCAGACAUCUGGUCCCUAGGGUGCACUAUCAUAGAAAUGGCAACAGGCAAAACACCCUUUCAUGAGCUAGGCAGUCCUCAGGCUGCCAUGUUCAAGGUGGGCAUGUUUAAGAUCCACCCCAAGGUUCCAGAGUGCAUGUCAGAUGAGGCCAAGGACUUCAUCAUGAACUGUUUUGAGCCAAACCCAGAUGACAGAACCUCAGCUGCAGAGCUGUUGAAGGAUGUCUUCCUCAAUUCUUCCAGAAGGAAGAAGGCUAAAGCUCCACAGGAAUCAGGACCUAAGGACUACCUUUCUACUACUGAUUAUCAGCGCAGCCUGUCUGUCCCGGUCUCCAUCCUUGUGGAGGACACCGAUUCAUACUCCGACUCAAUUGAUCUGUCUUGUUCUCUGGACCUGAGGAGGCACCAGUCAAACCUCAGAACAGAUGAAACGCCAGAGAGCCCACCCAGCACCAGCAGCUUCUUGCCAAUACCAGACGAUUCUGCAUCGGACCUGAGCAGUCCGGCCGCAACAGAGGAGAAUAUUGGUCUUUUUAUGCUGAGAAAGGACAGUGAAAGAAGAGCCACACUCCACCGAGUCCUCACUGAAUAUAUCAGUAGCGUCGUCUCAAAUAUACAGGAGUCUGUGCCUCAGUAUGGGGAUGGAUCGUCUGUCACUGCAGACCACAUCACCACACUUAUUACCUGUUUGGGAGACAACAUCCGCUCUCCAGACAGGAAACAGCUGACCAGUGGACUGUUGGACCUACGAGAGACGCUGCUUGCGGCCGCAGUACCUCUGAACAGCCUACAGGCGGUGCUCUUUAGCUUCCAAGAUGCAGUGAAGAAGGUGUUGAGGCAGCAACAGGUGAAACCUCAUUGGAUGUUUGCUCUGGAUAAUCUGCUGAGGCAGGCGGUACAGGAUGCUAUAACUGUACUACUACCAGAACUAAAACUCCAACUGCAGUCCUCAUUUGAGAUUGAGGACAGCACUCCCGAUGAACAGUAUGCUGACCCAGACACUCCCGUAGCUCUUGUCCCUGACCACCUGGUGGCGCCAGUACACAUACAGCAGCCAGCACCCAUAAAUGAGGUCCUGCCUACAGAGAGCCCAGACUCCCCUACAGACAUCAUCCUUAACACUAACUGUCCCCUCAGCGAGAAACUGAGAGACCUGCGACUAGAGACCAGGAGACUGCUGAGUCAGCUGAGUGAAAAAGAGAGAGAGUACCAGGAGCUACUGAGGAACACAGUCCAGAAGAAACAGGAGCAGAUAGAUGCACUGAGGAAGGCAGCAGUUACUGAAGAUGGCGAGUUGACUUCAAAGAAAAGCUCUAAUCCAGAGAGGAAGGCUUUGGUACGCUGGCUAAAGUCUGUCCCUGUAGAUCAAGACACUAUUGAUAAGUUGCUCUCUCAUGGGUUCACCUUGGACUGUCUCCUCCACAUGGCCUCCAGGGACGACUUGAUGUACUGUGGAAUAAGGGGAGGCAUGCUGUGUCGAGUCUGGGCAGCCAUCACAGCUCGCAGAAAGGCCAAGCUCAGCACACACAACGAGGACUGCGAGGACACUCUUCUUUAGUGGCUGCUGAUGUUGUACAUCAAAGGACAGGUUUAUUGACAGGCUGGCCCUGUGUCAUCUGGAGAAAAAGAGGCACUACUGAACAUAACUCACUUUACAGGGAGCUGAUAUAAAGCAAGACAUAUUUUAGUUAUUUUGUUGAACUGUGAAUGUGUUUUUUUUAAAGAUACUGACUACUUUUACUGAAAGGGACCAUCUACAAGUCUUCAUGCUAAAGUUAGGUGCUACCAGCACCUUUUUCAUUUUUUUCAUUUUUCAUUUUCUCAGAGCUUUGGCAAGUGGGACUGCGAUUAUGCCUUGAAAAAGAAAAUACCAAGAAGAGUAUUAACUAGUCUGCAAACAAACAAGUGUAAUUCUUUUUGACGACGCUGCUCUACUGUGUUUCCCAGACAGCUGAGCAGAACCUCAGUUAUUAGGAGCACACCGCAUUUAAUAUGAAUGCCUCUGCAUUCUCAGGAAAAAAAACAUCAUGGAUUGUUUGUAAUAUACAUCCUGUUAAAUUUCAUUCAAACAAUAAACAGGAUCAUGUCAUUUCUCAGAAUGGCUUGUUAUCUGCACCCAGCCAGUUGGUAACAGGGUGAGGGUGACGUAUGAUGGAAGAAGUGAUGAAUAGUGGAGAACAGUCUUUAAAUUCCACGUGUGUUUCCUCAUCUGUUUCACAUUGUUGACAUCUCCUUAGAAACGGUGAUGCAAGCUUUGUGUGUGUAUCGGUGUGCAUGUGUGCUGUGUUGGUGUGGCUGUGCAGGUCGACUGUUUAACUUUUGGAGAGACUAGUUAAUAGUUUUAUUUCUAAGUCAUUUUAUCUACUCCUCAAUUCUUCAUUGUCAACAAGUGUUAAAUUAUACAUUUAGACCUCGACUUCACCAGAAACUAGGUAAUGUAUGGAGUGAAAUUUACAUGUUGACUUAAGGUUCUGUUAACAGGGAUAUACCAACCAUCACACUCACUUAAAUGAGUACUGUUGUACUCUUUUUUUUGGCCUUAAUUAACCAGUUAGAACUUAAGCUUGUCAAAUUUUUUCAUUUAGAAUGAAGAGUUGAGGAAAUCUCCUGAGUUUUCUGUCUUUUCAAACAUUGUGAUGACUCCCAAUUACAAUAGGCUCCUGCAAUAACCUGACAGCGUUUAAAAUGAAGAAAACUGAUGUUGACACAAUAGGAUGUAAAAGCAAUUUUGUUCAAUUUCCGCUGCCUGAAAUUCCAUUAAGAAAUAGCAGAUAAAGGUAAAAGCAGCCAAGACCAAGAUACCAAGAAUACCAAAAAAGCUUUCAGAUAAAACUGCACCUCUACACAGAAAAGCAGAGCCCCCAUAUGGCUGGCUAUGAAUGAUUCAAAGCAACACCUCUGCUGUGCUGGGGAAAAAUUUGGUUCAAAUUGAACUUUUGGGGUUGUGACAUAGGAAACCUUGCGCGUUAAGAGUUAGGAAUGGAUUCCACUGAAUACCAAUGAAUUCUGGAAGCACAUGCUAUGCUGCCAGUCAAGAAAGUGAAUCUGAAAGGAGAAGCAAUUCAUUUUUUUAUAUAGCGCUAAUUCGCAACAUACAUCAUCUCUCAUCUCUGAAUAUAAGGUUCAGACCUGACAAAUUUUGAACAAAGAGAACAGAGAACCCACAAUCUAAAGCUGCAUUUGGAUUCCCUAUCAGCGACGGGUGGAUUCUAUAACAGGUCGAUGAUCUAAAGCAUACAUCAAAAUCAAAUUUGACGCAUGCUAACUAUACCCUGACUUGCUGAAAAUCUGAACUGUAUAACUGAAUAUGAUGAAUAUGUUUAGCCUUGUGCAAGCCACUGUCCUCUUUGGUGCAUGACCAUCCUAAUCAAAUGAAGCAAAAUCAGCACAUAAAAAUUUGAUCUUUAUUUAUGUAUGCUGUAUUUUCAACCCUUCACAAGGCCCAGUAUCAAUACACUUAAGCCCAUAUCAUAUACAACUGCAACUCCUGCUAUAAUUUCAAACUGGCAUUUAUCUUUCCCCUGUUCAUAGAUUUAUGACAUUCUUCAUUCAUUCAGCAUCAGCAAAAAAUUAAAAAAAACAUCUCUCACCACUUUUGGCCAUAAUACUGAUGAGGCCUCUCUUGCAAUGAAGAUCAUAAGCGUUGAUUUACCUCUGCAAUACUCCAGGAUGCUGAAAAUAAACAUGGAUGAAUAAAUCAUGCCAGGCAUCUUA